CACACACACACACACACACUCACACACACUCCGCACCUCCUGCCUGUGUGAUGUAGCAGCGGAUCGUAGCUGGAGGAUUUAAAGCUUCUAACUUUUUCUUCUUCGGUUUUUUUUGGUUUGUUUUUGGAGCUGGAGACGUUUUGACUCUCUCCAGGAGCGCAGCGUGGCGCACGGUGGGACAAAAACACGGUUCUGUUCCGAGAGAGAGAGAGAGAUAGAGAGAGCGAGAGAGAGAGAGAGAGAGAGAGACCGGAGGAUUGUACGGGGAUCUGUGCAGAGAAACACCGGGAAGCAGGAGGACAUGUCGGCUGUGAGGACGCUGCAGCUGCUGCUGGUCGGACUGGUUUUACUGGUGCAGUUUGUGGUGGGAACCGGAGCCGAGACUGGAGCCAACAACAAAGGGGUCUCCUACUCAUACGUGCAGGGGCUGUCUGGAGAUGAGGAAACAGCAGUGGAUGUGAAGCUGUUCAGCCACAGGUGGAGGAGAUGGCUUCCUCCGAAACCUCGUAACAUGGACAGCAACAGAGCCAGCCAGGAGCAGGACCAGAACCAGAACAACGACCAGAACCAGAACCAGGAUCCAGAGCCUGAGGAACCUGAAGGAUUCCCGGGUCUGAUGUCUGCAGAGGAAACAGACAACAGCUCCCAGAUAGAGGAGGACACAGAUCACAACUACUACACGUCAAAAACAUACACCCCGUCAGACCCAAUGAGCAAGGACCUGUGGGUAGAUGUGGACCAGAUGCAAAAAGACAAAGUGAAGAUCCACGGGAUUCUGUCCAACACACACCGACAAGCAGCGAGAGUCAACCUGUCCUUCGAUUUCCCCUUUUAUGGACACUUUCUGCGUGAAAUCACCGUGGCAACUGGUGGGUUCAUCUACACGGGCGACGUGGUCCACCGGAUGCUGACGGCCACGCAGUACAUCGCUCCUCUGAUGGCCAACUUCGACCCCAGCGUCUCCAGAAACUCCACCGUCAUCUACUUCGAUAACGGUACUGCUCUGGUGGUUCAGUGGGAUCACGUCCACCUGCAGGACAACUACAACCUGGGCAGCUUCACCUUCCAGGCGACGCUUCACAACACCGGCAGGAUCGUGUUCGCAUACAAAGAGGUUCCUGUCGACUUGUCCCUGAUCAGUUCUGUCAAUCAUCCGGUGAAAGUGGGCCUAUCGGACGCCUUCGUGGUGGUUCACAAGAUCCAGCAGAUCCCCAACGUCAGAAGGAGGACGAUCUACGAGUAUCAUCGCGUGGAGCUGACGAAGACGAAGAUCACCAACUUCACCGCCGUGGAAAUGAUGCCUCUAGCCACCUGUCUGCAGUUCACCAGCUGCGGAGAAUGCAUUUCCUCUCAGAUCAACUUCAACUGCAGCUGGUGCCAUCGCCUCAACAGAUGCUCCAGUGGAUUUGACCGCCAUCGGCAGGACUGGGUGGACAACAGCUGUCCAGAUGAGACUAAGGACAAGCUGUGUGACAUCAUGGACACCACCCAUCUCUACCCCUUCACCACCUCCACCUCCUCCAGAACUACAGCCAGGAUCAGAGAGGUGACUGGGGGGGAGACAGGCUCCACCACCCAAUCACCAACCAGCGUUCCCACUGAAGACGAUACCAAGAUUGCACUGCACCUCAGAGACAACCAGGCGCUUCCUGCAGAGAGCUCAGUCGACAGGAAGUCCCCUCCUCUCCACACAGGUCUGAUCCUUGGCAUCCUAUUGGUUACGCUGGUCAUGGUGGGCGGAGUUCUGAUCACCGUCUACGUUUACCACCACCCGACCUCCGCCGCCAGCCUCUUCCUCAUCGAGAGGCGUCCCAGCAGGUGGCCGGCGAUGAAGUUUCGUCGGGGUUCGGGACACCCGGCGUACGCUGAGGUGGAGCCGGUGGGUCCAGAGAAGGAGAUCUUCAUGGAGUCAGAUCAGUGCUGAGGGACGCCCCCCCCCCCUCUCAGGAUCUGAGAACAAAGACUCGUUCAGUCUGGAAGAACAGCCGGAAGUGAAACCUGAAACUGAUCCCAGACCAGUGUGAUGAACUGGGAACAUGGGAGGGAAUGGGGGAGGGGGGGGAGGGGCAGGUAUUGUAUAGACUGGACACUGUAUGGUGGAGGGGAGCAGGGUGAUGAAUUAUACAAAAUAUAUUUUCAGAGAUUUCAACCUGGUGGGGUUUGACUGUUUAGGCCUUUGUAUUUCCAUCCUUUCCCUUCAUCGUGUUGUUUUCACAGAGGGAGGGGCACAGCAGGAGACGUGAUGAAUGGACUGUUCCACUGCAGAGAGAGGGAUCAGUGGGACUGGGUUCAUUUUAGUGGAAGAUGGGGUUUUUUUUCUCAAUGGGUGAUGGGCACACUCUUUUCUACGGAGGAGGACAAGGGCCACACAUCUGAGAAGGAUUCUGAGAAAUGUCAGAAUAUGUUGGAAUUCUGAGAAAAAGUCCGAAAAAAGGCGGAAUUGUACGAGACAAAAAAAAGUGUAUUCUGAAGGCAGAAAGGAAGUUGGAAUUUUGAGAAAAAAAUUCUGAUAAAAGUUGGAAUUCUGCAGAGAACCAAAUAGAAAUUCGGAAUUCUAUGAACAUUUUUUGAAAUUCUGAGAAAGAUGGUUGAAAAGAAACACGUGGCCCGAAUCCUCCUCCGUACUUUUCCCCACAUCAUGGAUACCAUUUCUAUUUUUUACUUUUUGCUGUUUCCUUCUCAUCACUGCCGUCGCCAUUUUGUCCCCGGCUAGAGUUUGCACUUUUUUUUUUCAUUUCUUCAUGUGGUUCUAAUGCAAAAAGACAAGACAGGCGCUUGUGAGUGUGUGAAUGCUGAGUGUAUUUUCUAGAGUGUGUGUUCUGCGAGUGUGUGACUUUAAAGAAGAAGACAGUGGACAUCCACCUGCUUUAUGGGUGAGUAUUUUUGAGCGGGCUCUGCACAGGUUUCUGAUUCAUCUGAAGAACAGAAAACACACUGGUUUGGAGUUUUUGGGGUAUUUUCCAGUGUGUUCCAACAACAUCACAUUAAUGUAAAUACCGAGGCCAAAACAUCAGAUUCAGGAACUCAUGUCGGACAGCAGUACAGAACUUUUUUAUGUUUUAUCAGUGGCCUUUCUUUCUCUACUUUUUUACUUAAAUGUGAUUCCCAUCAUCAACACACGGACGUUCAGAUCUACUGUUCAACUAUCGUAAAACCAAUGAUUGUAGACUUAGAACCUGGACUUCUACUGAAAAAUAAAGCGUGCAAUAUUAGCCUACACCCGUUUGGUUUGACACUGUAAAUACAAUUUUAUUUUAUAUAAACACCUUGUCAUCACAUUAAGACCAAAGACUAAUCAGCAUCUUGUUUUCAGAUAUUUACCUCAAGGCUUUCGUGAGAAAAACCAUCAAAAAAACUUUUUUCAACUGUUUUUGUUUACGGUUAAACAUUAGCGAUGAUGAUUUGACAGCUAACAGUUCAUUCAUUAAUAUUAAAGACAUUAAAAUAACAUUUGCACCCGAUAACACCAGCUCCUUGCCUCCUCCUUCUUCCCCAAAUCUAGGGUUAGCAUCUAGAAACUACCAUCAAUUUGCGCCACUGUACGCUACAAAAAAUUACCAUAUUUACGUAGGCUACGAACUCGGGUUUAGACACAUUUUUGUGACAAACAGACAACAGAGUGGUGCAGGAAUGAGUCCUAAAACCUAGCAAUGAGUCAGCAUUUUAGCGCUUCUUGUUCCCUGGGCUGGCAGUCAAUGGCUUUCUGAAUGUGUUUUUGGUUGUGAGACUGAAAUAAGAGAUUUUAAGGUAACGGCGGUUGCUAACAAGAGUCUAAACGUCAUCAAGCCCAACGUUAGCCACCUUUAGCUUAGCGGUGGAUACGCGAAUAUAUAUAAAAAAUACGUCCUUCCUGCACCACUCUACUUCUCAAAACUGUCGUGAAGUUUUCAAGUCGACUUUAACGUCUGAAAUUAAACAUUAAAAACCACAAUGUCGUUGGCUAAUCUGCAUGUUUGAAAAGAUAAGUGGGCGGACACAAAGGGGGCGGAGCUUAGCUAACUGACACCUUCCAUUUAAACACAAUCUAACCAAUCAUCAUGCACAAAAACCAAAUCAAUGACUUUCUGGCUGUUUUUUUUUUUUACAAACUGCUGCUUUUCAAACCCUCUUUUUUUUAUGACGACUCAUAACUCCUUUCCGUGGCGCUGUUUGAAAACAGGAGGGGGGAGAAUAUAUAUCACGACAAAGGGUUAGGGUCUAACAUCUGCUUAUUGAACACCACCUGAAACUCAGAGUGUUUUAUAACCGCUGUCAGAGGGAAAAGAGCAGAUUUGUUCGCUUUAAAACACGUCAGCACAAAACCCAGAAAGGUCUUUAUCUGCUUCUCCGGUCCGGACACUUUCACCCCUUCCUACUUUAUUUUUGAUGACGAUAAACAGGUGUUUUUGAGACAGGUGACCUAUCAUGAGACUCCAAAUCACUCCGUAUCAUAUCCGUCUGUAAUUCCUGUAACUACUGUUGUUUUGAUUACAUUUGAAAUAAUAAACAAUGUUGUUAAAAUCAGAAA